CUUUCUUAGUCCUCCUUCCCAACAUGGCGCAGUCGGUUAACAUCACCGAGCUGAAUCUUCCGCAGCUGGAAAUGCUCAAGAACCAGCUGGACCAGGAAGUGGAGUUCUUGUCCACGUCCAUUACCCAACUCAAGAUGGUACAAACCAAGUAUGUGGAGGCCAAGGACUGUCUGAACGUGCUGAACAAGAGCAAUGAGGGAACUAUCCAGCCCUCUAUUUUUCUCCAUCCCUCCUCCCCCACAAAAAGGAUGGGGGUAGUUUUGAUGACUCCAAAGUGCCUCCAUGAUUCUGAGAGCUCUUACUAUACACACCACCUAGCUCUCCUUCCUAUGUAUGUCCCUGGGAAGCUACAUGAUGUGGAACAUGUGCUCAUCGAUGUGGGAACUGGCUACUAUGUAGAGAAGACAGCUGAGGACGCCAAGGACUUCUUUAAAAGGAAAAUAGACUUUCUCACCAAGCAAAUGGAGAAAAUCCAGCCAGCCCUGCAGGAGAAGCAUGCCAUGAAACAGGCUGUCAUGGAGAUGAUGAGCCAGAAGAUUCAGCAGCUCACAGCCCUGGGAGCAACUCAGGCUGCCAAGGCCUGAUACCUUGUUUCAGAAGUCGGUGCAGAGGGACCCUGCUUCAGGGGUCUGGGACUUUGUGGUGGGGAAGAGAAGGGUUUUGUGUUUAAUGCCAAUAAAUGUACCAGCUGGGCAGAAUGUUGGUCUUUU